AUGGAAACAAAAAUUAAGAUACUUUUCCUUAUUAACGUUACUAUCUUUAUAUAUUUAAAUUGGAUAUGUCAUUUUACCAAUGAUAUGUGUACGUUUAGCAAAUCACGGUAUAAGGAGCACAAAAAUGGGGAUACACAAUACAUAAUAACUUAUAGAUUAUUAACAAAAUGUAAACAGGAUAAGAAUUCAAAUUAUGUAAGUUUAAAAGAAGAGACAUUAAAUAAUGAAGAGCACAAAAAAAUAUAUAUAACUCAAAACGAAAAAGGGGGCAAAAGUAUAAAUAAACAAUACUAUAAAAAUUUGUUAAAUAAUGCUAAUUGUCAUAAAGAACGUAAGAAAAAUAAAUCUUUUGUAUUUGAAACAAAUAAUUAUUCACGUCUUGAAAAAAAAAUAUUCAAAGAACUUGAUUUUAUAAAUUUUCUUAAGAAAAAUAGGACAAUUAGUAGUAGAACAUACGAAAAUAUUAUUUGUAAAAGACAUAAAAUGCUAUUUAUAUUACCUGGAACAUUGUUGUUGCUGUUAUCCAUAUCUUUCAUAUUAGAUAGUUUUUGUGAAUGUGGGCUUAUAAAGUGGUUAUUUAUAGUAUUUAAUAGCAUAUUAGCGACGGGGUGGCAAAAAACCUUAAGAUUAUGGUUUCAUUAUGAUUGUAGUUCUAUAGGUUCGUUUUUUAGGUAUACUAAGGUGAAUGUUGGUGGUCAAUCUAAAACGGCAUAUUAUUAUAUAACAGGUUUAUUUGGAUUUGUAGCGUAUUUCUUACCCUUCUUUUUAUUAGGUAUCAUACUUAUAUCAGGAAUAAUUUAUUACCAUACAAAAGUUAAAAAAUACGAAAAACUUAAGUUUAGGAAAAAAUAA